AUGCGGUCGAAAAGGAGCCGAAUUAUAUCUGUCACGUCUGCUUCAACCACUAUGGCACACAGAGUCAUUGAAAUGGGGCAAGCAGGAGAGACAGACGUGGAUGCUCAGGUAGGGGAUGAAAAAGACAAAGCUGAGGUAAGAGUUGAAGAAGUCAAGGAAGACGAGGAAGAGUACGACACAGACGAUUCAGAUUCUGAUCAUGCCACGGUUGACAGUGACAAGGGUGAUUCACUGGACAGUUUAACGAUUCUUCGGGCCGUCACUACACGUAGUGGGCGAACGGUACGAGUUGUCUAUCGAGAAUGA